AUGGAUCCAACCAGCAGCCAAUUCAAUAAAUUAUACGAUGCAAUGUCAGAAUUUGUCAACACUGCCAUGGCAGGCUACGACCCAUCUCACAACCCAGCACAUGUUCACCGAGUCUUGAACCUAGCCAACAAAAUACUAGUCGCAGAGCAAGCCCUACACCCAGAAAAACAAUACUCAGCCUCAAUUGUCAAGCUAGCCGCCCUCCUGCAUGACAUCGGAGAUAGGAAGUAUCUACCAAGUCUAGAAUCCUUGAGCGACACCCGACUAGACCCAACAACAAUGGUCGAACAAGCACUUUUGGCCCAGGGAGCCUCAGCAGAUCUGGCAUCGAAGGUGCAAACGAUCGUCUCACAUGUGUCUUAUACAACUGAGUGCAAAGAUCCUUCUGUAAUCAAGCGCCUUAUCGAAGAGGGGUACAGCGAGCUUGCAAUUGUGCAGGAUGCUGACCGACUCGAUGCGCUGGGGGCUAUUGGAAUCGGACGCUGCUUCACAUUCCUCGGUUCUCAAGGGAAGAAGUUCGCUGUUGAUGGAAAGUGGGAGAUGGAUAACUCCAUUGAGCAUUUCGGGGAUAAGUUGGUGAAGUUGGAGGGUAUGAUGAAGACCGAGACAGGGAGGAAGAUGGCUCGAGCUCGGACGGAGAGAAUUGAGUUGUUUCGAGAAUGGUGGCGCGAGGAGAUUGAUUCUUCUUAG